AUGUCUUUAUGCAAACCUAAUGAGACAACAGAUUCUGACGAGAGAGUGGCAAUUCGUUCGCCUGUACGUUCACCUGAUAAUGAUAAAGAUGACAUGGACUUUCAAUAUGAUCAUAAAGAUGAUUUAAAUAAUGUUAAUUCAUCUGAUACUGAAGAGAAAAAAGAAAGUGAUAACGAAUACAAUUAUGAAAAGGAGAAAGAGAAGGAUGAAAAUAAUGAUGAAGAGGACGAAGAGGAAGGUAAUAAUGAUGAUAAUAAUAAUCAAGUGAAAGAGGAACGUAAUAAAGAUGAAAAGGAACAUAAUAAUGAAGAGGAAGAAAUACAUCAAAUCAUUGAAGCGUUAGAUGAAGACAAAAUACCAUUCUGCAAUGGUCAAUUUGCACCGUACUUUAAUAAUUAUACAACUAUAGCAUUAUUUUGCUGGCUUCAGAAGCAUAAUAUUUCUACGAAAGCAUAUGAAGAUCUUGUCGAUAAUUCACAAUUCUCAAUUUAAACCUACCCAUGUAGUAAAAAAUAUCUGAAGAUUCCAAUCAUGGAGAAAACGUCUUCCUCUUCUACUAAUAAUAACAAAGUCUAUUAAAAUUUCACCAAAAAAAACUCCAUCAACCUCAUAAGGAUCAAAACUUUCGUAUCAACUCUCAAUUAGUGAAAUUAUAUGGUGUGUUCUUAAUAAUCCGAUGCUAAUGAAGCAUAUGUAUUUUGGACCCAGCAUUAAUUCUAAAGAAAAAUCAGAAUUUUGGCACAGAAAUUUAUGGGAGGAAUCCCCACUUUUUGGACAACACGAAAUAU